AUGCUGCUUUCUCAACUCUGUCGAUGCAGCAAACGCUUGGCCACUGGUAGUGCCGCUACCAGAGCCUUCUCUAGCAUUGCUCCCAACGCGCCCCGAACUGCUCUGGUAGCCAAGAGACGGGAGCUGGGGAUUGCCUCCUACAACGCCUUCACUGCGCAACAUCGCCAGUAUGCCGUGGCAGCCGAAGAUACCGAACAUGGCGUGGACCCCUCCGAUUCCUUCCUCUCAGGAAACACCGCCAACUAUGUCGAUGAGAUGUAUGCAGAAUGGAAGAGAGAUCCUACCUCUGUGCACGUCUCGUGGCAAGCCUACUUCAAGAACAUGGAGAGUGGCGACAUGCCAGUGAGCCGCGCUUUCACUCCUCCACCUACGAUUGUUCCCAACCCUGUGGGAGGCGUCACAGCACCAUCAUUCGCAACUGGAGCUGCUAUGGGCGAAGGCCAAGGCAGUGAUGUUAUGAACCACUUGAAGGUCCAGCUUCUCGUGCGGGCAUACCAGGCAAGAGGACACCACAAGGCGAAGAUAGAUCCAUUGGGCAUAAGAAGUCAAACAGCAACAGUACCAAGAGAGUUGGAUUUGAAGACAUACGGUUUCAGCGAGGCUGAUAUGGAGACGGAAUACACCCUGGGUCCUGGUAUUCUACCACGCUUCAAGACGGAAUCGCGGGACAAGAUGACUCUGCGCGAGAUCAUUGAGGCUUGCGAGCGUCUCUACUGCGGUCCAUACGGUAUUGAGUACAUUCACAUUCCCGACAGAGAUCAGUGCGACUGGCUGCGUCAGAGAAUAGAGGUGCCACAGCCCUACAAGUACUCCGUGGACGAGAAGCGCCGCAUCCUGGACCGUCUCAUCUGGUCUUCGUCAUUCGAGUCUUUCCUGGCUACCAAGUACCCCAACGACAAGCGUUUCGGUUUGGAGGGUGGAGAGUCUUUGAUUCCUGGCAUGAAAGCUUUGAUUGAUCGCUCGGUCGACUACGGUGUCAAGGAUAUUGUCAUUGGAAUGCCGCACAGAGGUCGCCUGAACGUCUUGUCCAACGUCGUUCGCAAGCCAAACGAGUCCAUCUUCUCCGAAUUUGGUGGUUCCGCUGAGCCAUCCGACGAGGGUUCUGGAGACGUCAAGUACCAUCUGGGCAUGAACUUCGAGCGUCCUACUCCAUCCGGCAAGCGUGUUCAGCUCUCCCUCGUCGCCAAUCCUUCUCACUUGGAAGCCGAAGAUCCAGUGGUGCUGGGCAAGGCUCGCGCUAUCCUGCACAUGAACGGCGAUGAGGACCAGGCGACAUCCGCUAUGGGCGUCUUGCUUCACGGUGAUGCUGCGUUCGCCGCUCAAGGUGUUGUGUACGAGACUAUGGGAUUCUAUGCGCUUCCCGCAUACCAGACCGGCGGCACAAUCCACCUGAUCGUCAACAACCAGAUUGGUUUCACAACUGACCCACGUUUCGCCCGCUCGACCCCAUACUGCUCUGACAUUGCCAAAUUCGUCGAUGCACCUGUCUUCCACGUCAACGGUGAUGAUGUUGAAGCUCUCAACUUCGUUUGCCAGCUCGCGGCUGAUUGGCGUGCUGAGUUCAAGAAGGACGUCAUUAUCGAUAUCGUCUGCUACCGAAAGCAGGGACACAACGAGACUGACCAGCCUUCGUUCACUCAGCCCCUGAUGUACAAGCGCAUCAACGAGCAGCAGCCAGCCAUUGACAAGUAUGUCCAGCAACUGCUCGAUGCCAAGACCUUCACCAAGGACGAUAUCGACGAGCACAAGAAGUGGGUGUGGGGCAUGCUGGAAGACUCCUUCUCGAGAUCUAAGGACUACCAACCAACCGCUCGUGAAUGGCUGACCAGUGCUUGGAACGGAUUCAAGUCGCCAAAGGAGCUUGCCACCGAAGUCUUGCCACACGAGCCUACCGCAGUUGAUGCCGACAGACUCCAGUACAUUGCCAAGAUUAUUGGUGAGCCACCGGAGGGCUUCCAUGUCCACCGCAACCUGAAGCGUAUCCUUGCCAACCGAACGAAGACUGUUGACGAGGGUAAGAACAUCGACAUGUCGACUGCUGAAGCUCUUGCGUUUGGUACCCUCUGUAUGGAGGGUCACCACGUGCGUGUAUCUGGUCAGGACGUUGAACGUGGUACCUUCUCGCAGAGACACGCCGUCCUUCACGACCAGGAAAGCGAAGACACCUUCACUCCUCUCAAGCACUUGAGCAAGGAGCAGGCGUCUUUCGUCAUCUCCAACUCAAGCUUGAGCGAGUACGGUGUUCUUGGCUUCGAAUACGGAUACUCUCUCUCGUCUCCUAAUACUCUGGUCAUUUGGGAAGCCCAGUUCGGUGACUUUGCCAACAACGCACAGUGCGUCAUCGAUCAAUUCAUUGCUUCAGGAGAAGUCAAGUGGCUGCAGCGAUCUGGUCUGGUCAUGAACUUGCCGCACGGAUACGACGGACAAGGUCCAGAGCACAGUUCUGGCCGUAUGGAGCGAUUCUUGCAGCUUUGCAACGAAGACCCCAGAAUCUUCCCAUCGCCAGAUAAGCUUGAGCGCCAGCACCAGGACUGCAACAUGCAGAUCGUUGCUUGCACUACCCCAUCCAACUCUUUCCACAUUCUUCGCCGCCAGAUGAACCGCCAGUUCCGCAAGCCAUUGAUCUCAUUCUUCAGCAAGAGCUUGCUCCGUCACCCACUCGCUCGCUCCAGCCUCGACGACUUCACCGGAGAGAGCCACUUCCAGUGGAUCAUCUCCGACCCUGCGCACGACGAGAACGCCGAGUUCAAGAUCCAGCCUCACGACGAGAUCAAGCGCGUGAUUCUCUGCUCUGGCCAGGUUUUCGCCGCGCUCUUCAAGUACAGACAACAGAACAACCUCACCGACACCGCCAUUACUCGUAUCGAACAGCUAAACCCAUUCCCAUGGGCUCAGCUCCGUGAUAACCUCGACAGCUACCCCAACGCCGAGACGGUCGUUUGGUGCCAAGAGGAACCACUCAAUGCCGGCGCCUGGUCCUUCACUCAACCUAGAAUCGAGACUCUCCUCAACAACACACAGCACCACGACAGGAAGCACGUCAUGUACGCUGGCCGCAACCCAAGUGCGUCGGUGGCCACCGGUCUCAAGAGCACGCAUUUGAAGGAGGAGCAAGAUCUCUUGGAGAUGGCGUGGAGCGUGAAGCAGGACAAGCUCAAGGGAGAGUAA